UCCGCCGGCCGCUCGGCUCUUUAUGCGCACGCACACACAGACACACAGACACACAGAGACAUCAUGGCGGACGUGCUGGACCUUCAUGAAGCGGGAGGCGAGGACUUUCCUAUGGAUGAGGACGGUGAUGAGAGCAUCCACAAGUUAAAGGAGAAGGCCAAGAAGAGGAAAGGACGAGGCUUCGGCUCAGAGGAAGGAGCCAGGUCCAGAAUCAAAGAGGAGUACGACACUGUGGAGCAGGACGGAGACGAGCCGGGUCCUCAGAGAUCUGUGGAGGGCUGGAUCCUGUUUGUGACCGGUGUGCACGAAGAGGCCACAGAGGAAGACAUCCAUGACAAGUUUUCAGAGUUUGGCGAAAUCAAGAACCUGCAUCUCAACCUUGACCGCAGAACGGGAUACCUCAAGGGUUAUGCACUGGUAGAGUAUGAGACGUACAAAGAGGCCCAGGCAGCCAUGGAAGGCCUCAACGGUCAGGACAUGAUGGGCCAGCCUAUCAGUGUUGACUGGGGAUUUGUCAGAGGGCCCCCCAAGAACAAGAGGAGGACUGGUGGACGAAGACGCAGCAGAAGUCCGGAUAGGAGACGGCGCUGAGUUUGUCGUCGGCUUUUGAGGAGUUGUCUGUCACUGUGACUGACGACCCCUCUCAUAAAUAAAAAAAAAAAAACAACCUAAUUUCUGAAUUUUUGUAUAAUAUUUUUAACAGUUGUUACAGCCUGUCGUAGCUAUUUCAAAUAUAGACACUCAUAAAAAAAAA